CCGGACCUCUUUGCCUCUAUCCAAGUAACGGCAGGAUUCGGAGACCCGCGCUGGAGCCGGCUGGAGCCACCUCCCUAAGAUGCGGACACCGGCGGAGAUGAUCGUGGGGCUGGUGCUGUGCCCCUGCGGGCUCCUGCUGACACUCACGGGCACGCUGUCACCCAACUGGAGGCAGGUGAGCCUCAUACCCGACCAGCCCCUGGACAUCAUCUUGGAGCAGGGCAUCUGGGACAUCUGCAGGGAGCGGCAGAGCACCCACGACCGUCUCUGCGGGCAGCCCGACGAGAUGGGCUACUUCACACAGGUGCCCGUGCGGGUUGCCCAAGGGCUGAUGCCCACCUCGCUGGUGCUCACCUUCCUGGGUUUGGUGGUGGCUGCCUUGGGGGUUCGCUGCUGGCAGAAGGAGCCACGGCACCUGCUGACUGGUGUGGCAGGGCUUGUGCUGCUCCCCUCAGGGCUGCUGAGCCUCAUUCCCACCUCCUGGUACACCCAUGAGCUGUGGGCACUGCCCGCUCCGGCUGGCAGCACACUGGUGGUAGGCUACAGCUUGGUGCUGAGCUACUUGGGAAGCUGUCUGGAGAUCUUGGGGGCGCUGGCCCUCACCCUGAGCUUCCACCACUGCUGCAAGGAGCACAGGGCCCCCAAACUCACCCCCAGCCCUGAGCUGGAGACUGGGCCACACUUUACUCCUGGGGCUUAUCCCAAUCCUUGGGAUGUGUUGGCGGAUGAGCGAGAUGGACAACACUGGAGAAGCACCUUGCCUUGUGACUCUGACUUGUAGCCCCAGCACAGGGACAGCAGCAGGUAGUGGCCCACCUGCCCAGCCCUGAUUCCACACUGGCUCCUGCCCCUCUAAGCCAUGCCCUUCUCUCAGGGGCACCUCAGAACAGGCUGGGAACAAGACAAAGGACCUGGACUGAAUCUCUGCAACCUCCUCACAAGGCUGCUGUGUUCCAGGUCUCACAGCAGUGUCAAAGCUGUUCUGGGCUAAGGAUGAGCUCUGGCUUCCACUCCUUUAGC